AUGCGGGAUAAUAUAUUUGGAUCAAGCACUACUGAUGCAGCUGAAUCGCUUCUUCAAGCCAUUGGUCCAGCCAUUGAAUAUGGAAUCCCAUGGGCUGCCAUUUUAGGAAACCAUGAUCAGGAAUCCACUUUGGACCGUCAAGAGUUGAUGACUUUCCUCUCGCUUGUGGAUUUUUCUGUCUCUCAGAUCAGUCCAUCAGUGGAGGAUGACGACGAAGAUCAAGGCGCGUUGAGAUUGAUUGAUGGGUUUGGGAAUUACCGCCUCAGAUUACACGGUGCACCUGGUUCGGUGCUGUCGAAUAGCACAGUCUUUGACCUCUUGUUUCUUGACAGUGGAGAUAGGGAGACAGUCCAAGGUAGACGAACAUAUGGAUGGAUCAAGGAUUCUCAGCUUCGUUGGCUUCAAGAUACUUCUAAACAGGGUGAUAACCAAAGCAUUACUGGUAAUCCUCCAGCGUUAGCCUUCUUCCACAUCCCAAUCCCGGAAGUCCGUGACCUGUGGUACACACCCUUUAUUGGCCAGUUUCAGGAGGGUGUGGCAUGCUCCGUCGUUCAGUCAAGACUCUUACAGACCUUUGUGUCCAUGGGAAAUGUAAAAGCCGCAUUCAUAGGACACGACCAUGUCAAUGACUUCUGUGGAAAUCUAAAAGGGGUAUGGUUUUGUUACGGUGGGGGGUUUGGAUACCAUGCUUAUGGAAGACCCAAUUGGCACAGACGAGCGAGAGUGAUUGAAGCUAAGCUCGGGAAAGGAAGAGAUACAUGGACAGGAGUUGAACGUAUCAAGACGUGGAAACGUCUCGACGAUGAAGACUUGAGCAAGAUAGAUGAACAAGUCCUUUGGGAAGCUUCCUACACUUUCUUUAAGUGAACCUAUGCAAU